AGUUGGUUAAUAUAUAUGCAACAAACAUCAAAUUUAAUGAAUUUGGGGAAGCAUAGGAUGUACAUAUAUCAAUUGCUAAAAAAAUGUAUGCAACAAAAGCUAGUUGACAAGGUUUUGGACGGCACGUAGAAAGAAAUUUAUAUACUUCGAUCUCUACGAAGCACAAACGUUGUCUCUCAUCAUCUUCACCUCCAUAACUAAAAUCUAUAAAUAGAGACACAAAAUGAAAAGCUCUCCAAACAGAAAAGUUUCUCUCUUUUUACAUAAUCGUGAUGGCAGAAUUAAAAGAAGGAGGAAUAGUGAAGAAAGGACACGAAGAAGGACUAAAAAUGGCAAUUUCACUUCUCCAAGAAUUCAACUUACCAGAAGGGCUUCUCCCUCUAGCUGAUGUAAUAGAAGUUGGUUUUGUGAAAUCCACAAACUACGUGUGGAUUGUUCAAAAGAAGAAAGUGGAGCAUCAAUUCAAGUUGAUAAGCAAGCUUGUGAGCUAUGACACUGAGAUUACAGGUUACAUUUCAAAGAAGAAGAUUAAGAAACUCAAAGGUGUGAAAGCUAAAGAGCUUAUGUUAUGGCCACCUGUUAAUGAGAUUACUGUUGAUGAACAGCCAAUUGGGAAGAUUCAUUUCAAGAGUCUUGCUGGUAUUACCAAGACUUUCCCUGUUGAAGCAUUUGCUGCUGGACAGUAAUAUUCAUAUGUAUUUCUAUUGAUUAAUGUUUUAACAGAAGUUACUAAGCAAAUAUAGAUGCUUGGGAUAGAAUAAAAAUAUACUUACUUUAUUUCUCUCUUUUAUUCUGUGUAAUUUGUAUUUGAUUCAUGCUAUAUAUCAAAGGGGUUUGGAAACUAAGUAUCAAAUAAUUGGAUUCAAUAUUUAAAGGUGAUUUGCA